AUGUUAUCUGAUCUUGGUGGAAAGCUAUCAAACAGAUUGUUUUAUUUGUCAAUACCUCCAAACAUAUUUGUGGAUGUGGUGAGAUGCGCUAGUCUUAAAGCUUCUUCAAAAGAUGGAUGGACAAGGGUUAUUGUUGAAAAGCCAUUUGGUCGUGACUCAGAAUCAUCUAGUGAGCUAACAAAGAGUUUGAAGCAGCACCUCACUGAAGACCAAAUAUUCAGGAUUGACCAUUACUUGGGUAAGGAGCUCGUGGAGAAUCUGUCAGUGCUUCGCUUUUCAAAUCUUGAUUUUGAGCCUCUAUGGUCCCGGAAUUACAUUCGCAAUGUGCAGAUAAUAUUUUCUGAAGAUUUUGGAACUGAAGGAAGAGGAGGUGAUUUUGAUCACUAUGGAAUCAUUCGUGAUAUAAUGCAAAAUCAUCUUCUGCAAAUACUAGCAUUGUUUGCAAUGGAAACACCAGUCAGCUUGGCUGCUGAGGACAUCAGAAAUGAAAAGGUACAUCCCUUUUGUCUAUUCAUAGUAUACCUAGAUAAUAAUAUUUCAUUACUGUUUCAAUUCAGUCCUCCUAAAUGUCCUAUAAUCUUAUGGAAAGAUUUCAGCCAAUAUAAUGAUGUUCACUGAUUAAUGAG